CGGAUCCUGUCGCCCCCCCGGGGACUGGGAGACACCCUGCCUUCACGGUGGUUCAGGUGCUUGCGGACGCUCCUGGGUUGUAGGAGGUCUGUGUUCAUAGUUGUAAGCCCUUUCCAGUAAAUGCUCCAGGACAGGGAGGUCGGGGCCUGGCGCCCGGUGUCGGCCAGGGUGAACAGGAGAUUCUCUUGGCGUGUGGAGCUUUCUCAGGCAGGCGUUUUAGGGGGGCCGGGGUCAUCCUCAUGCGGCUAGAAGCACCAUCAGCGCUCAGCACACAGGCUUGUUCUACGCUGAGAGCUCUGGUUUACAGACCUCGCCAGCUCCAGCGUGGGCCUCGGUGGACAGAUGGUGUAAGUGGUGUGCGCGCGCAGCCUCGCGUGACAUUCAGGCGCGUGUUGUUGUGACACUAGACAGCUGCCAUUCAAACUGUGAUCCGUGGCCAGCACCUAACAGAGCCUGCAUUCUGAGCCAUCCCUGAGGUCCUGUGUCCUGUCUCACUCCGGGCUCACGCUCCCCAGGUGCUGGACGAUGCGGCAAUGGGUGUUUCAGGUUUUCAUCCUUGUAGACAGUGUGCCUUCGUGCUAACGAGUCAGCGUGUAACGUGACUGUGUUGUGCUAACAAAUAAACGUAAGACACGUGACAUAGCCGCUUCUCCUUGUGGGUUAUUUCUGUGGGGUGUGUUCCCGGAAGUGGAACUGUGGGUGGGUCAGGCCUGGUGGUCAUGUCACAUUUGCCGAUCUGCGCUCUAGAAAGAUGGACCUUUCCCAGCCCCCUGCGUGGGAAAGGGGCUCACCUGGAGCUUUUUGUUUUUGCCGCUUGAUGAGUAGAUAUAUGAAAGGUGCCUUUAAGUUGUCUUGCUCGUCUGUAAGCAUAGAGGCCUGGGGGCCAUGUCACACAUCCUGAGCCAAGCAGAGUGGCCCGUUACCACGACCAUCCAGAAGGAGCCGGUUCCUUGUGGCUGUGGGACCAUUGCUGUCCUCUCCGGGGUCCCUUACCAGCUCCCGGUUCUCCUAAAGGGAACGUCGGAUGAUGAUGUCCCGUGCCCGGGCUACCUGUUUGAGGAGAUCGCCAAAAUCUCCCACGAGUCCCUGGGCAGCAGCCAGUGCCUCCUGGAGUACCUCCUGAACCGUCUGCACAGCGGCUCUGGCCGCGUGAAGCUCAAGGUGCUGAAGAUCCUGCUCCAUCUGUGUGUUCACGGCUCCUCGUCCUUCCUGCUCAUCCUCAAGCGCAAUUCCGCCUUCAUCCAGGAAGCGGCAGUUUUCACUGGACCCCCGGAUCCUCUCCAUGGGAUCAGCUUGUACCAGAAGGUGCGGGCGGCUGCCCAGGACUUGGGGAGCACCUUGUUCUCGGACACCUUGUCCCCUCCGCCUCCCUCCCAGCCUCCCAGGGUCUUGCCUCCAGUAGGCAUGGGCUCCCAGUCCAGGCCCCAGGGCGCCCUCCAGGGCUUCGGCUACAGCAGGGAUCCAGGCCACACAGGCUUUGCGGGCGAAGCCCUCCUCUCCACCAUCCAGAAGGCUGCAGAAGUGGUGGCCAACGCCGUGCGCCCUGGGCCUGGGAGCCCUGGCACCCAGGGGCCCCUGCCGCGGGGUGAUGCCUACCAGGCUGCCGUGCCGCCUGCAGCCAGCCAAGGCAACCCCACUCCUGGGAACCUGCUUCCUGCGGCCAUCCCGGGAGCCAGAGCCAUGAGACACCAGCCGGGGCAGGCCGGUGGGGGCUGGGACGAGCAGGACGGCAGCCCAGGCUCUCAGAGCUCUUCCCAGGAGAAUGGCCGGAGCAAAGCCUCGGACUCGGGCAGUCGGUCGGGCAGCGGCAGCCCCUCAGGGGCCAGCCAGGCGCCCAGCGACCUGGCCGAGAGGGUCGAAGCCAUGACCCUGAGCGUCUGCCAGCAGGAGCUGAGCCUGGUCCAGAUGGUGACACAGGGACCACACGCCUUCCUGAACCAAGAGGAGGCACAGCACUUUGUCAAAGCGUGCGGACUGCUCAACUGUGAGGUGGUGCUGGAGCUGCUGAUCCGACACCUGGGGGCGGCCCGCGAGCGCGUGCAGAUGAGAGCCCUGGGCGCCAUCGCCAUCCUGGGGUGCACGGACCUGCUUUCCCAGGAACACAUCCUGCUCCUCGCCCGGCCACGACUGCAGGAGCUCAGUGUGGGCAGCCCCGGACCUGUGACCAACAAGGCCACCAAGAUCCUAAGGCACUUGGAAGCCUCCUGCCGACAGCGGCCUCCUGCCCAGCGGCCCCUGGCUGAGUCCAGCCCCACAGCCGUCCAUGUGGGCCCGUCUGACCUGCUGACCGACGCCGUGCCUUUUGCUGGGGGCCAGGCAUUCCUGCAGCCUCUGAGUUCAGCCCUGUUCUCGCCCAGGGGCCCUACACCCCUUCCUCCCCUGGAAGGGUCCCCACUCCUAGGCCCCAGGGACGCCAAGGAGGCUGAGACAAGGCUGGCAGGUUCUAGAGAGCAGGGGGCUGGAUCUGAGCAGAGCCCAUUGGGCACAGACACCCCAAACGGAGGGCCAGAGCUCAGCCCAGGCCUCCAUGGCUGCCCGUGGAGUUCGGUGGCCAGCAGCAGCCACAGCUCCUUGUUUGCUGGCAUGGAGCUGGUGGCCUGUCCCCACCUGGUGGGGGCCAGGACUGUUGCAGAGGAGCCUUCCCAGGCCCCCUGGACAUUGUCACAGAGGGUGGCAGCCACAGACCUUCCUAGCUCGGAGCCGUCGGCUUUCUCAUUCUUAAACUCAUGACCGCAUGGGCCUGGGGCCUCCCUGUCCUGACUCCCAAAACCCUGGGACUCUGUGCUGUCCCCUCUGCCCACAGCCCUCCAGGCGUCUACAGUCGGCCGCUUCCCCUCACCCGAAGCCUUGGUGCAGGGAGCCGCCCAGCAGGGCAGACAGCCUGGACGAUCUGUCCCGAGAUGAGAACGAGCCCACGCACUGGCCAGAACAGGACAGCCCUCCCUGUGGGGGUGGUGGCCGGGGGAGCAGCGCCCCAGGCAGCUCGCAGGCCUCGCAGGGAGGACAGGAGCUGAGCUCUUCCGACUGGCAGCCGGUGGUCCUGGGCUGUCUCCUGCCUCCUGCCAUCCGAUCUGACGAGAUGAGUGCACUGUCUCGUCCAGUCUGCAAACACCGCCAGACCCCCUCAGUGGGCAGAAGGUGUGGCAUGGCCUACCUGGAGGGCACGGGACAGGACAGGAGGCCUGACAACUGAGCCCAGAGACCAGACAGCCCCUGGACCUGCCCCGAGUUCACAGGCACAGCACAGAAUGGCACUCAGCUCCUCGGCGGGGGGGACACGGCAGGAUGACGGGAGGGCCCAUCUGCAGACUGAGCCCAGGCUGUGGCCCUCAGCCAACAGCCCAGAGAGGACCCCAGGACUCGCUCGGUUCUUCCCCCUUCCCACCAGAGGCUGGCUAUGUGGCCUUGAAUCCCUAUGGCAGUGGGCAGGCAGGGGGCAGGGCCUCCAGAAUGCUGACCUCGGUCCCCUUGGGGAACUCCUGCCUGCCUGCCUUACCUUCAGAAACAAGGCUUGCUUGUGUGGUUUAGAACCGCUGCUUGGAUCUUGGUUUUAAGCUCAGAUUGCGCUCUCUGUGUGGGGUGUGGGGUGUGGUGCAAGCAGCCACAACCUGGGUCAUUAGGGCAGGGAUGUGACCCAUGUCUGUCCCUCCGCCAUGACGGCUUCCUGCAGACUGCACGGGGUGGCCUCACAGGGAAGCUUGGGUCCUUCUCAGGAGAGCUGGGACACUUCCUAAAUAAACACUUUUCUCAGCUGCA